UGUCGAUGUGCAAUCCGCACUCGCGGCAAUGUAAACGGACGAAAAAUCUCAACCCAGUUCUACGGCUUAUCGUAUCGCGUGCCGUGUCUCCCUGAUUCCCGCGAUGCCAUUUGGACAACUCGUCAUUGGCUCGCCGGGCUCAGGCAAGACGACCUAUUGCAAUGGUAUGCAGCAAUUCCUCACCGCUCUCAAACGUCCUGUCAGCGUCGUCAACCUGGACCCGGCCAAUGAUGAACUGCCGUACGACUGCGCAAUUGACAUACGCAAGCUCAUCACCGUCGUUGAUGUGAUGAAGGAGCUGGACCUAGGCCCAAAUGGCGCCAUGCUCUACUGCAUGGAAUAUCUCGAAGAAAACUUUGAAUGGCUCGACUCGCAGCUUGACCAGCUAGGGCCAGACGCUUACGCCGUCUUUGAUCUGCCUGGACAAGUCGAACUUUCCACAAAUCACCCCAGCUUACGCAACAUUCUAGAUCGCCUGCAAAAGAAGGACUGGCGUCUGGUUGCGGUACAUCUGACAGACGCAUCGCAUAUCACAGAUGCGGCGCGCUACGUCUCGCUUCUCCUCCUUUCCCUCCGAGCCAUGCUGAUGCUCGAGCUGCCGCACAUCAACGUCCUCAGCAAGAUCGACCUUCUUGCAGACCAUUUUGACGAUGUAGAAUUUAAUCUCGACUUCUAUACCGAAGUGCAAGACCUGAGCUAUCUGGAACAUGCGCUCGAACGCUCCACGGGCUCCGUGGGUCCGCGGGCAGAGCGGUUCCGCGCUCUCAACCGCACCCUGUGCGAGAUCAUCGAGGACUUUUGCCUGGUUAACUUCGAAACACUCGCGGUCGAGGACAAGGACUCGAUGUUCCGCCUGCUGCGCCUGAUCGACAAGGCAGCAGGCUACAUCUACGCUCAUGGCCACGACCCGGGUGCUGAGACAGUGCCGGACCACAUGGGCAUCUAUGAGCCGGGCAGCAGCGCCGCCACGUCCAACCUGGCUAGUGGCUCCGUCAUGGCCAAACCGCCAGCACGGACUGCCGCGUCGGCCAACUCUCUCUUCACAGUUGCAGAUCGGGGCACAACGAUGGGCUGGGGAGGCGCGUUGGACGUGCAGGAGCGCUGGGUCGACCAUAAAAACGAAUGGGAUGAGUGGGAAGACGAAAAGGCGAGAGAAGAGGGCAAGUUGAUCGCAGAGCGAAAAAUUAUGCAAAGCGCAGAAAAGGUGCUUGCCAGACAGCGUGCCGGAGAUGGUACCCUGCAAUCGCCAAAAGGGAGUGAAGGUCGCCGCCAGAUACAGGCGCAGGGCGAGAUGCCAAUGUUCCAUGAUACCUCCUGCAAUACAUAGCCAUGCCAAGUAG